AUGUCGGACCUCCCAGAAAUGCAAUAUCGCCACCUCGGCAAGACCGGCCUCAAGGUCUCCGUGAUCUCGCUGGGUAGCUGGCUCACCUACGGCGGCCACGUUGGCAACGAAAUCGCAUUCGACUGCAUGAAGGCCGCCUACGAUGCGGGCAUCAACUUCUUCGACACGGCCGAGGUAUACUCCGCCGGCCAAGCGGAAGUCGUCCUGGGCGAAGCCAUCAAAAAGUUCGGCUGGAAGCAAAACGACCUGGUCAUCUCCACCAAGCUGUACUGGGGCCGCGGCAACACCGACAAGAGCGACAAUCUGCUCAACAACAAGGGCCUGUCGCGCAAGCAUAUCAUCGAAGGCAUGGACGCGUCGCUCAAGCGUCUGGACCUCCCCUACGUGGACAUCGAAAUCGUCCGCGCCUUCAACUACCUGAUCGACCACGGCAAGGCGUUCUACUGGGGAACUUCGAUGUGGAGCGCGGACGAGAUCGCGGAUGCGUGGCGGAUUGCCGACAGGCUGGGCCUUGUCGGGCCGGUGGUCGAGCAGCCCAAGUACAGCCUUUUGACGCGCGAGCGAGUCGAGAAAGAGUACCGCUGGCUGUAUGAGGCGCACCACGGUCUGGGACUGACUAUCUUCUCGCCGCUGGAAGGUGGUGUUCUGACCGGCAAGUAUAACGACAGCGAGACGCUGCCCGAGGGAUCGCGACUGGCAUUGUCGGAGGAUCGACGCAAAGCGGUGGUGGAGAAUGAGAACUGGAAAGCACAGCUGAAGAAGGUCGCGGCUCUGAAGCCUAUUGCACAGGAGCUGGGCAUCUCGACUGCGCAGCUGGCGUUGGCGUGGGUGGUUAAAAACCCUAAUAUUUCGUCUCUGAUCAUUGGUGCCUCGCGCCCGGAGCAGGUGCUUGAGAACGUUCGAGCGCUGGCUGCGGUUGAGAAGUUGACGCCUGAGGUGUUGAAGAAGAUUGAGGCGGCCGUGGAGACCCAGCCCGAGAUCGAGCCUCGACGGUUCUAG